CAUAGGGGUAAGAUGGCCGCUCAACGUUGAGAGAGGAUGGAAGUCGUGGAGGAGGGAGGAGAGGAGGAGAAUGCUGCAGGGCGGACAAGGUGGAAGAGGUUUUACUUUGCGGACGAAGAGGAGGAGGAUGAUGACGCCGCGCUGCUCGUUACAAUCCCAGAGGUUCUGGACCCACACUACGGGAUGUAUGUGUGGCCCUGUUCCGUCGUGCUUGCGCAGUUCGUGUGGCACAACAAGGCACUUGUCAGAGACCAGCGCAUGCUCGAGCUCGGGGCUGGCACGGCAUUGCCGGGCAUCGUGGCUGCCAGGUGUGGUGCCACUGUCACUCUGUCCGACCUGCCUCGGUGCCUUCCCAGUUGCGCUCACAGCUGCCGGGUCAACGGCCUCGAUGGCUCCGUGCCAGUUUUGGGUCUGCGCUGGGGCCUAGUGACCCCCUCGCUCGUCACAAUGCCGCCCCUGGACAUUAUCCUCGGUUCCGAUAUCCUCUACGAGCCACGUGAUUUUGAAGCUGUGCUGGUGACCGUGUCUUACCUUCUCAACAAGAACCCCCGCGGACAGUUCUGGACCACCUACCAGGAGCGCAGCGCGGAGUGGAGUUUGGAACCCCUGCUCCUCAAAUGGGGCCUCUGCUGCCGCUUGGUUGAGCCGGCCGCCUUCCACGGCGACUCGCCCACCCUGGCGGGGUCGUCGCUGCCUGGAGACCACACGGUGCACAUGUGCAUUAUCACGCGUGUCAUCACGCACGAUACCACCCAGCGGAACUUAGCGUGGAGUUCCAACCGGCGGUAAUGAAAUUGUGGGGUUUGUUUUCCUAUCACAGUUCGUUAUGCUAUAAACGCGUAAUUUUCAUAACGUGAAUUGGAUAUACUGUAUAUAAAAACAAUGUAUCGAGGAACGCAUUUUUUAAUAACACGGACGUUAAUUGGAUAUAACGCGGCUGAGUGAAUGGAACUACGUCACACGGGUAGGAAUAAGCGGUUGUACGGCUGCCUUGGCGUAGCAUCGCACGAGGCAUUGGGAUGCUGCUGGAUGCUUCUAGAUGCUACACACGUGCACCCUCAGUCUUUGUUCAGCCUGCGUACGCAUUUCACGUGUUAUCGCGGGCUGUGCUUUGCCAUGAUUGUCUCAAGGAGCCAUAUUAUUUUCUUGUGGUAAGUGUUAAAACAAGUUCAUAAGUUUAUUUACAGCUCAUAAAUGUUUCUUAUGCUAAAAAAUAUAUUUUUAAAAAAAUAUUGUAUCAUUAAAAACUGCUCAGCAA